UUCACUUCUAAUUACUCUCACCGUCGCUUGGAUUCGGAUCUUGCAUCUCGACUCCCUGAAACAGCUAUUCCGUUGAUAGAUCACAGCGUUGCUUAUAAUUUGAGUAUGGACACCGGCGGUCUUGCUCAAAUGUCACACAACGGUUUCACUUCGCCAACCGGUUUGGGCAUGCCCACCGGAGGGCUUGCUUCACGCCGCGGUGGCGGCCAGAAUAUUAAACCUUUGUCCUUCGAGUCUAUGAAGACUCCCACUGAUCCCAAGGAUAACGGAGUUUCCACUCCGCGAACCAGCCGAUCUCACCUGCUUGCGGGUCUUAGGACGGCUCCAAAGUCGGCUACCGCAACUUCUUUUGCCGCUGAGCCAACUUCCACUAUCCCGCAUACCCGUGUACAUGGCAGGGAUGGUGCUGGAAACAUGUAUGGUGGCCAGGACGGCAUGUAUGGCGGACCUAAGACGUCACUCCCCCGUCUUGCGACCCAGCAGCAGAGCUACAACCCGAUGAUGAGCUCUAGUCAGCAGCAUUAUACUGCCGAGCAGAUCCUAGCACCCCCUGAGCUUCAUCUUGAUGAGCAAGUCCAAGAUCAAAUGGAUCCUUCGCUCUAUGCUCAGCUGGUAGCGACCAAUAUGUACCUAGCCCAGCAGCAGCAGCGAUUGCAGCAACAGUUGCUUAGUGUUCAGGCUGCAGCUCAGCAGUUCCAGGCAAUGAGCCUCAGCGGACAGUCAGUGUUGCAGCAGCAGAUGGCCCUGCAGAAUCUGUACCAACAACAGCAGCAGCUUAAGAAUUUGCAGCAGUCGAUGGCUAACCCCAUGCAAGUUCAGCAGAGCCUCUUCCCCUAUUAUGACGCCGCCGGCCAGCAAAUGUUCUACGUUAACCAGAACACUACUCAGAUGAGGAACGUCGGCAAUUAUGUGGACCGCACUCCUGGUACUCCUCAGGGUUAUAAUCACUCGCAGGCAAACAACGGCACCCCCCGUGUUCAGGUUUCGCCGCCUCCCAUGGAGAGCACCCCGCCUACCUACCGAACUACCUCGCCCCCGAAGAAGGUAGAAAUAAUCGCGGAACCUACACCCCUACCACCUCCAUCUGCCAAUGCCUUCCGUCGCGGCCAUAAGAAGUCAUCCUCCCUCGCGAAUGGAAAUAAGGGUCUGUCACUGUCGAUGGAUGAUGGCCCUAAGUCGGCUGGCCCCAAGACGGCCUCCUUCCCGCUUACUCCCAUGACUAAUGGUGGCUAUGGCCCUGGCCAAGGUCGUGCUGGAGAGCACCCUAUCCGUCAGCCUCGCGGUCCUCCCGCACUUGAUGAGCUUAGGGCGAAGCCUACUGCCAAGCACGAAGGCAGCAAGAACUUCGCUCAGCGAACUCGCCGCUCUGCUGUUCACAAUCUUGUGAAGGCCGGGAUGGUUAGGCGCAAGGGUACGGGUAGUAGCUGCGGAAGCAUGAGCCCCGUAUCCGAGAGUGCGGAGGAAGUUUGCACGCCUUUGACUGAUAACGAGUCCGACUCUGGGCGUAGUGGCUCAGGCAGCCUCUCAGGCGAUGCAGAGCCCAGUCUUGCUAGUUCCAGGACUUCCACAAGUGGCAGUUGGGGAGCUAUUGGCUCCGACCGCCCUGGCUCGCGCCAGAAGUCGCGGAAAAGUGUUGAUAGCCUGUCCAGUGGCGGUGAUAGCGAGGGUAGCUUUGCGAGUGUGUUCAAAAACGGUUCUCAGCGCUCUAGUAAGACCGAGUCGAUCGACGGUCAGCGAAAAGCGCCCAUGCUCGUACUCACCAGCGCCGAGAAGCGCAAGGGUGGUGUUGUCGUAGCUUAGGGUGCAGCCGGCCUCAAAUUUUCACGUAAUAAUGAUCGCAUGCUCCCAACGUCUUUGUCUUUUCAUGAACGUCGCGACGGAGUGGUAGAGCCCUCUAAGCAGAGAUUACGCACGAAUGGACGGGACUAGGUUGGAGAACAGAAUGGCCAUUUCCUUUCGCGAUUUGAUUUUGGAGGGCGCUGGUAACUGGGUUAAGGGAUGGCAGCAUUCUGAGCUGUUGAUUUCUAUUUGCAAUACCGAGGAUCCCUUGGCUGGCAUCCAGCAGUACACUUCUUCGAGGGGACAGAGCGGCUUGGAGAGAAAACCCUGUUGGUGGGAUUCUUUUGCUGUUUAUACUUCAUGUCAUUCUCUCGCACAAACCACACGUUUAUUCGCUUCUAAAUACGUUGAGUGUGGAGGAGGGACCUCACGGAGGGAACAUCUCACUUACGAUUCUUGUGGAUGCUUAUUCCCUAGAAAGCUGUGUAGGCUGGAGCUUAGCUUUGUGGUCGGGACACCUAUCGAUAGACUCAUGCCUGACUCUAGAUAGUGAUCAAUGGCUCAAUUAUAAUUAUAUGCCAAGCCUAUUUUGUUCGGUAUCGUUUCUGACGUCUUGCCUACCUAACCUACGUAAUACUUCAUAGAACCUGAAUAUAACCCCUUUUCCCACACUGACCCAUAGUUCUACCUACUCAGAUGACCUUAUGAUUUACACGUUCAGUCUAGGUUAAGAUGAGGCCGCUAAUUGACCACUACCUUGACGUCGG